CGCUGGCCGCCACCCGGAGGCUGGCAGCGGCGUCGGGCCGUGCGCGGGCCCGCCACCCCAUUCUUCGAGUGCUCCGAGCCUCGGCGUUCAACUCGGAAACCCGAGGGCCGAAGCCUGGUCCCAGCCGUGCCCCGCCGCCUGGUGGCGGGGCCGCGGAGUGACCCGAGCCCGGUGGGCGCGGGUGUAAACGCAGGUCCAUCCCCCCGCCCCCCGCACAGCCCUUUCUGACCGCCCGCGACCUGACGCGGGGACCAGGCGCGAGUGUGCCCGGAGCCCGCUCACGCCGGCGUGUGGAAGGGUCGGGCGCCGGCGUCGGUUACCGGACCCGCUCGCGUCUGGGGGGGCGGUGCGGAGACGCCGAGCCCGGGAAAGGCCAGGGUCCCCGAGCGCGGCGUCCGGGUUCACGCCGCCGCCGAAUGAGGCGGACUUUCGCUCGCAGGGUGGCGCCCCGGGGGCGAUCGCCCGACGGCGCCAGGAUCCCACCUGAGCCCGUUACCCGAGCGUGAGCCGCUGCCCGAGGUCGGACCCUAAACCUUGGAGAGGGAGGCCGGCGCCCGGCACGCCUUCGUCCUCGGGCUGCCAGAGAUCGGAGAGCAAGGGCGCCAUCUGGUGGAAGUCUCAGAAGUUGAAGUUGAUGCCUCAUUGAGAAAAUGCCCAGAGAAGCCUGGCUAGAGUUUGGUCAAGAAAAACGUCUUGGUAUGAAUGUCAGGCUUGGGAAAAUUGCAGAUUAGUGGUGGCCUCCAGGCUCUCUGCUCCCAGAGAGGGAGGUGAAGAACUGGGAUGGCUACACAUGAGUGGAUCAAUCCCUCCCCCUACCACCCAAGGACAGCGUUGGGAAUCUGCACAGAAACAGCAUGGGACACACAGCACAGGAAAAAAGCUUUAUUUUGUUUGCUUGCUGUAGGACUGCUGGGACUUUAAUAUACUGAUAAGCCUAUGAAUUUCCAGGGUGAAGACUGCAAAUAUUGCUCAAAUAAAAACCCAUCUAGACCUUAUGCACCAUUUUCUGAUCUAGUUGAAAAAUUAUUACUUGUUAAAACAUAAAGGGCCAAACUUCCUUAUUCAAAGACUCCUGCUAGUUUUCUUACUUCUGGUGCAUCUGAUAAGAACUUCCUCUAGAGCCAGGAAACUUUGCAAGUAUUAAAAAACCUGAAAGAAGGAGUAAAGAAGGAAGUGACUGACCAAGUGAAAAAGAGGAACAAGUUCUCAACCAGAGCAAGUUUAAAACAUAAGCAAAAGAACAAAACAGCGAGCUUGGCACAUCAAUCUUGAGAAAGCAAAUGGGUCCUAAGGGUUAAAAUCAUUUGCCAGAGUUUUGCCCUUGAACGCAAGCAUAGUGUCUGGCCUUCUAGAGGAGGGAACUCUCCUGAUUGUAAAUCUUAUGUGGUAGACGAUACAGUUCUCAACCCCAACAUUACUCCCAAAAGUUUCAAGGAAACUAAAAGGUUAUCAUGUUAUAAGACAGAAUGGACUCAUUCAUAUGGGAUUACAGAGGAAGGAGUGAUUAAGAAAAAGACAUCAGUUUCUGUCCACUCCAACAAAGGCAGGUUUCUGAAUGGCAGAUUAUUCAAUCUCCCUUUUCUUGGGUUUUCUACUCUGCUAUUAUCUUCCACUCAUUUCUGCUUCAUUUUGUGAUUCAUUGACAGAAAAGGAAGUGCAAUGGAAUAAAAUCCCCCCUGAUACGGUACAAUUAUACAUUAAUGGUUGUAAGGUGAAUAGCAUCACAUACAAAGAGAGCCAGCCUCCAAAAACAAGUUUACACAAUCUCUCCUCCAAUUGCAUCAGGACUUUACCGUAUAAUGUUCUUCCAAAUCUGGAAACGAAAUGCCUAAAAGAGCUUCCAAAUUCAUUUCUGAACAAUACUAGUCUACAAGGAAUUACAUUGGUCUGUACCUGUGAAUUCAUUAAGGGAAACACCAAACUGUUAAACAUAACUGCUUGCUCAGAAAUGUUGAAAAGCUGUGGAAAUAGUUCAGUGGCCAUUACUGUAGGAAUUUCCCUUCUUUUACUCAUGAUCAUUUGUGGAAUUGGGUGUGUUUGGCACUGGAAACACCAAGAGACCACACGAUUUACCUUACCGAGGUUUUUGCAAAGAAGAAGCAGCAGGAGAAAAGACUAUACUAAAACAUUCUCCUGGAGUCACCACAUUAUUGGCUUAUGGCGUAAAAGCCCAACUGAAGCCCGAGACCAGAGAUCUACUGCUGCAGGAACUGACAUGCAGGAGAACUAUGAAAAUGUGGAAGCAGGUCCCCCCAAAGCUGACAUAGAAACUGAUAAGGAACUGUAUGAAAACACACGGCAAUCUAACUUCGAGGAACAUAUCUAUGGAAAUGAGACAUCCUCGGACUAUUAUGACUUCCGGAAGCCUCAUACUUCUGAAAUUCCUCAAGAUGAAGAUAUAUACAUUCUCCCAGAUUAAUGGUAGCUUUUCAAAAUGCCGAGUGUUGUUAUUAGAAGAUAAAUAUUCACUGUGACUUUUA